CGGAGCAGUCGCGUGCCGACGCUAACGCCUACAAUUUUUGUAAUAGUGAUUACGCUGUGUAGUGUCAUGUGCGAUUUGCUAUUGUGAUUUUUGAAGGCGUACGUGAAUGUAAUCAAAAGGCAGACUGAUAUGAUUCGAGCAUGGAGCGGUUACUUGACGUUCAUUCUUGUCUUCGUACAGAUUGGAAGCGAUUGGCUCAGCUGCAAUCACAUGACAGAGUGCACAUGCAAAUGGGCGUCAGGAAAAAAAACAGCUUCCUGUGUUUCAGCAGGUUUGAAGCAACUCCCAAAAUUAGCCUCAGACAUCCAAGUUCUAAAUCUACAUGGAAAUCCACUAAUGACAUUAGAAGAAGAUGCUUUUACAAACAUAGAACUGUUGAACCUUCAACGAUUGAACCUCAGCUCAACAAGUUUACAGACUUUACAUGCAAAUGCAUUCCGGGAUCUGCGAAUAUUGAUAGAAUUAGAUCUAUCCCAGAACCAACUCCUCAAACUAUCACCUAAUACAUUCAAAGGCGCUGAGCGCUUGCGGGUACUGAUCCUUAACGGUAACCCUCUGAGCGUUUUAGUCGCAGAGCAGUUCCCUCCGUUGAAAAGUUUGAGGAAAUUAGAAAUAUCACGAAGUAAGCUUCGUUCAGUACACCCAUUUGCAUUUGUUAAUCUUCAAUCACUAGAAACCGUCAAUAUACACCAAAACUUACUAACAUAUCUCCACCAAGAUACUUUCAAUCUACCGCUACUAAAAACUCUUACAUUGUCCGAUAAUCCUUGGUAUUGUGAUUGUCGGUUAAGGGAAUUCCAUGAUUGGUUUCUCAAUAGUAACUUAGGAAACGAAGAAGUCAUCUGUGGUGGCCCAGAAAAACUAGAGGAAAUGUCAUGGAGAUUUCUGAAACGAGACGACUUUGUGUGCCCGCCUUAUGCAACAUCUUCGCCGACAGUCAUUAGGACAGAAACAGGAGCUGAAAUAUCAUUCGGUUGCUUUGUUAGAGGUGACCCUAAACCUACCGUGACCUGGUCAUUUCAUCACAUAGAGAUAAACAACAGUACGGACAAACAAAGUGAUAUUAUAAUCAAUAAGUAUCAAUUAGAUCAUUUCGAUGAGUAUAACGACGAUUUCUUGAAUAAAAGUGCGCAGUGGGUUAACUUGACUAUUACGAAUGUGACUAGUGACUUGUCAGGAGAGUGGAAAUGUAGUGCUAAAAGUCCUGUAGGAGAAGCAAAUGCUUAUCUAACACUUUUUCUACCUAAAGCCAGGACAGCCACGGCGAGAGUUGCGCCUGAUUAUUCUGCGUUUUUUUUAAUAGGUGGAUCAUUGCUCGCUAUGACAACUGCCGGAUUUAUAACAACGUGCAUUUGUUGGAAAACUAAACGGCGGAGAGUGCCACCAAGUAGAAGCUUUACAGAUCAAGAAAAAAAAUUACUAGAUACAUCUCUAGCAGUGAGCUGUGACAGAACAAGUGGAGACCUGGGAUCUUCAUACGGCUUUGAAAUGUUAGAUAGAUCCAUUUCUAUGGAGUCUGAUGAUGCACGGUGUUUGGAACCUGUGCAAAUUACAAUAGAGGGCCCGCCUGGAUCCUUUCCUCCGCCUCCUGCAGAAUUUGCUUUGCCUGCUCCAUAUAGUAAUAUAUUCAUUUCUGUCCAAGUAUCUGGCCACAAUGAUGAGUAUCCUGAUCUCUUAGGAGGAGGUGCAACCUUACCUAGGAGAAGUAGAACAUGUUUCUUAAAAUCUGCUUAUGAUAAUAUGGGUCCGCGAAUCACAGCUGCUGGUAGUUCAACCUGGUCUCUUCCAGGUGCUAACGGUGAUAAAAAUAUUGAUAAAGAUCCAUUAAGUGGUCCAUUGUCAACUUUUUCUACUGAAUUUACAGCUUUGUAAGUUUUGGGUGAUUUUAUCAUAUCUGUUACAUAUUCCAUAAUUAUUCCAUAUGACAUAUGAUAGUAACAAUUUAAUUUAACUAAUUCUGCCAUUACUUUCAACGAAUGUAACACCCGUUUAUUAUAGAUCUGAGAAAGAUUUUUGACCAAAAUCAAAAACAGCAUCGAAUCACAAUUCUUUCAGAAAAAAUUGAAAAAAGUUUUAGUCAUAUAUUAUAUUACCUCUUUUUAAUAUGUAAAUCAGUUUUAUAAUAAUAUCACAACCACAAUACAUAUUUAUAUUCAAAACAAUUAUAUUCAGUUUUCAACUCACAAUCUUAACUAUUUGCCCUGUAUUUUCUAUUAGCAUAAUACUAAAUUCUUAAAAGAAACCUAAGUGUGUACAUACAUACAUAACCUCACGCCUGUCACCCAUGAGGGUAGGCAGAGACUAUGGACUCUGAAGAUACCUAAGUUUUGGCCUAGAUCCAAUUUUUAGUAUUUAAAAAGAAGAUGAUGUCUAACAUAUCAAUUUUAUAGCUGUAAAUAAGAAUAAGUUUGUCAUUUUUAUUCCAAUAUUUGCAUUGAAAUCAUGUAUAUAGUAUACGAUACAGUAUUUAUGAAAAAGAUUAAAAUAAAUGUAGAUGAUAAAAAUUUAUACUGACUGCAUUUUAUGACCAAUGUUUGUCGUUUGUUAACCAAUGAUGGUCAUUUGUAACCACGAACUUAAACUAUAUAUUGGUUCAUGUCUGAAGUGAAUGAUGAUGAUAUUUAUCCCAACACUAUUUAACGCAGACCUUGUAAAAGGAAGAAUACAUUUUAAUUAUUAUAUCUAUUGCUAUCCGUAUACAAUUUAUCAGAAUUGGUAAUGAAUAGUGAUGGGAUUUUUUAAAUUCGAUCUUUGUGGAAGAUAAAUUUAUUUUAUUUACAGUUUUAUUCAUUGUGACUUUACAUUACGUUACGGUACGAUGAUCAAAUUAUUGGCACUAUUCAUUAAUUUUUAUUAUAGUUAGCAGUAAUAAAUAUAAUUACACUGAAAUACUUAAUUUAUUAUUAUGUCUUUGAUAAGGAAGGUGUUUUCUAUGUCAUCGGAUUUAUACCCAAAUUUCAUUUGAGAUCAAGAGUGAAAGCCGAACCCGGUGCAGUAAUGAAUGUCACUUUACAAGAACUGUUUCAAAACACAAUGCGUAAAACUGUAUUCAAUACAAAACUGUACAGUUAUUUAUAAGUUUAUAUACCUAACAAUAGUUUGUAUCUGUAAGGAUUUGAUCGUGGAUCCAUUGCUUUAAAACUGAGUGAUGAGAUAAUAAAUGAAGUGCAAACUUGUCUUUA